AUGGCUUCUCACCCUACCCCCACUCUCCGUCGCAGUUGCAUUUUCUGUCGCACGCGUAAGAUUCGCUGCUCAGGGGGCCACAUCUGCGCCGCCUGUCGCGAGCGUAACAUCGACUGCGUCUACAGCCCCGAGGCUCGCAAGGGCCGCCCUCGCCGUAAGAUCCGACAUGACUCGUCAGCCAGCCCUGCGGCCGAUCAGACGCCAUCUCCAGAAAUCACGACAGGGGCUGCUUCGUCCCAGACCACGCUGGGCGAGGAUCUCGAGCAGCGGUUCAAUGCCUACUUCAUCAGUAAUCCGGGGUCACGCUCCAAUUUGUUCCAGAACUCCAUCGCCUCGUUCUAUCGGCGAUCUGGGCCCGCUCCGGCCGGCCCACCACGACCUCUCAGCUAUGACGGGCUGCUGUCCUUGAUGGGCCAUGAGAUGGUGGAGAUGCUGCUGCUGCGUCUUGGGCAUUUGGGAUGUGAGAGACCGGAGUCGGUGACGAACCGUAAUGCUUUUAUUACCGGGUUGGCGGCCGACACGAGCGCGUCGAUGUUCGAGCCGUCGCAGCAUGAGAAUCCGUUACCGGCACUGGGAUCGCAACGCAUCCUUCAACUUGUGGAUUUGUGGUAUUCGAUGCACCCGCUGUCGGCGCUGGUGUCUAAGACGCUUCUCAUCAAUCGCAUUAGAGAUGGUACGGUCGAUGAGGCCCUCCUUGGGUUUAUCCUCGCGGAUGCGAGCGACUUUUACCGCGCCCGAGUGUCCAGCCACGAUGCCAUUGACCCGGAGAUCCUUUUCCAAUGGGCCGCCACGCAGCUCCAAUGCCGUCCUGCCCUUCCCUCACUGUCCACCUCACAGUCCCUCAUACUGAUGGCCUGGCGUGAUCUCUGCUUCGGCCGCGCCCGCCGCACCACCUGCCUGGUCGGAUACGCCUGUCGCAACCUCUCGCGACUAUACGAGCAUUGGCAGCGACACGAGCGCAAAGACAGUCGCAAACUGAACGGCGUCGCAAUCAGCGACGUCGAGCUCGAGAUUCUGCAGAACAUCUACUGGUUCUGUCUUUGCACCACCACCUGGGCCUUUAUGCAAAUUGAUCAGCCCUUCUCGCUGUUCGUUCCGGACGAAACGCCCGCCUUCCCUUGCGUUGACGAGACCUCGUCCGCUCUCCUUCAUCUCGACCGAGCGUCGGAUCACAUCUCCACUUUGCCUGCGCAGACGGUCGCCCUGCGCGCCCUCUGGCCUCUCAGCCAGAUCAGCAGCACGGUCGGACACAUCUACACGUUGUAUUUGAAUGCACCGAAGGAUGCAGCCGAGUCAACCACCACGCCGUGGCAAACGAGGCAUAUUCAUCAGCUGCACCGGUUGCUUCAGUCACGGGUGGAUUUGUCAGCCCUGGCGCGUGAGAUCCGCAGAAUCCUUGUACAGGCGAUCCGGGCUGUCGAGACGGAGGUUCACACCGGCGCAUCGCGGUCGCAGCUGUUAGUUGCUUAUCACACUAUUGUCAUUCAUAUGCUGUUUCCGCCGGGAACAGGUCCGUCCAAUGGGUACGCGCAUGAGAAUGAGAAUGACAAUGGGAACGUGACGGAUGCGUUCUGGCAUUCCGUGCAGGCCAUCCUGGGUGUUCAAGGUAGCGAGAGAGAAAACGACUCUUCGAUCUUCGCGUCCACGACAGACUCGAUCUCUAUAGCGCCGUUCCUGUCCCUCGCGCUGGAUACAUGUACUCGGGCCUUGACGCAUCUGUAUCAUCAUCACCACGCACCGACCAACGCUGCCAAUCAACCCACAGAUCAGAGUCAACUCCUCGACUACACAACCCACCUGCAUACCACCUGUCUGCGCGAACUCGCCUCGUCCGCCUCCGCAUCAUCCUAUCCCAUCCUCCGGGCCGCCAAGAAACGGCUCAAAGGCAUAUCCCUGGCCCUGCAGAGUCUCGGGUCGCCACCGUCGCUACCAGAGCUAGAUCUGGAAUUUCCUGGUGUGGGCUGGACGCCUGAGGGCUUCACGGGAGGGGGCCCAGGAGUAGGGGGAGGUAUGUCGGGAGAUACUAGUCUCGAUGUAACUGGGCUUGGAGAUGUAGAUGUCGGGACAGACACAGCUGGGUUCUGGCAGGGACUGGAGAUCAUGGAUCCGUGUUUCUUUGCGGAUGUGCCGGUCGAUGCGACGGGAUUGUUGGGAUUCCCGGGGUUGAUGACGGGAGGGAAGGAGGUGAAUUUCGAUAUAGACUUUGAUUUGGUGGGUUUAUAA